AUGGACGUUAUUGUAAUUGGCUGCGGAGCAGCGGGCAUUGCAGCUAUGAGGAAGCUGCAUGACGCUGGUCUGCAAGUCCUCGGCCUUGAGGCUGGCGACAGAAUCGGCGGGAGAAUCUUAACUGUCGAAUUUGGCGGGAAACCUAUUGACAUUGGAGCUGCUUGGUGCCACGGCGAGAAAGACAACGUGGUCUUCGAAAUCGCGAACCCACUGGGUCUUCUAGGCAGAUCACCACCAGAAACCAACUGGUACCUCUUGUCUAAUGGCGAGCUGGUGGCAGGAGACAAAGCUGGUGAGAUCGUGAAGGCUUUGGACAACGAGUUGGAGACUGCUGACAAGCGAGUCAAGAAGUCUAUCUCGCAGCAUAUCAGGGGCGCAGCCAAUACCAAUGACACACUGAAGAAGGAACCUCAAUUAGCAAUUCCGUUCAUUGAAUGGUAUGAAAGAAACAACCAUGUGGGUGGACAGGACGACCAGAAGCAAGGGAAGUCUUUGCGCUGUCUUGAGGAAUUCUGGCUAAGUGAGGGUGAUGCUUUCCUAACAUGGAAGGGCAGAGGGUACAAGACCAUUUUGGAUGUGUUGAUGAACAAAUACCCUGAUCCUUCCAAGGAGGUUCCUCUACAGAUUCUUUUGAACAAGGAAGUGGAAAACAUUCGAUGGGGCGUCACCCAGCUUGGCAUUGACCCCACUAACCCAAUGGUGCAAGUCAAGUGCAAGGACGGAAGCCUAUACCAGGCCAAGAGUGUCAUUGUUACCAUGUCUAUUGGUGUUUUGCAGGAGAGACACGAGUCCCUAUUCUACCCACAACUGCCAUCAUCAAAAGUGAACACAAUCCAAAACAUGACCAUGACAGUUCUGGACAAGAUCUACGUAGAAUAUGAAAAGCCAUGGUGGCCAAAAACUCCUUCAAAGUUCUCUCUACUAUGGCGAGAUGAAGAUAAGGCUCAAUUUGGAGAAAAUGAGAAAUGGGUCACAGAGAUUUAUGGGUUCUGGACUGUUGAUUCCCAUCCGAAUGUCCUAUUGACUUGGAUCCAUGGAAACGGGGCUGUGCAGAUGGAGAAGUUGAGCGUCGAAGAAGUUCGUGCUGGUAUUCAGAAGCUGUUGGAUGUUGUCGUCAAGAAACAAUUCGAUGUAUCGCCUAUUAAGGAUAUUUUGAGGACACAAUGGGCCAUCAAUCCUUUAGCAAGAGGAACCUACGCUUACCGUACUGUUGCCUUAGAAGAGAGUGGUGAAGAAGGAGGCGCCAUCGUUCUAUCAGAACCACUCUGCCAUCCGAACAAGUUCCCAGUAGUCUGCUUCGCGGGAGAAGCCACGUCGCAUCAUAGACACUGGGACGUCCACGGAGCCGUAGAGUCUGGAUUCAGAGAGGCUGACCGAUUGAUAGAAACCUUCAAGAAGUUUGGAUUUAAGUAA